CAAAUCGUCAUUUUUAUCAUUCAAAUCAGUAAAAUACAAUGAAAUAUAUAAUUUUGAAUGACAAAAAAUAAGAUGACAUAUUUGAAAUGACAGUAAGCAAAUAUUUAUGCAAAUUUUCUUAAAAAUGGGCUGUGAACUUUGUUUCUGGUAUUUUAUAAAUAAAGGUUUAGGUUAAAAAAUAUGUCAACAUAGCACUUUAUUGUGAUAUCUGACACUGAUUGGUUUUGUCCCGACACUGUGUACUAUUUCAUGAUAUUGUUAUCAAAUAUACAUCUUCUUCUGGUGGAAAGCAAGUGUCUUUUAUUUUUUUAGUGUAAUAUCUCUUUAAAGAAAUGUUCAAAUGCGAAAGGUCAACCCGGAAGUAAAUAAGUCGCACGCGCUCGGGAACAUGUCGCUGAACGGAACACCAAAAACCCCCAAACCUGGGGCUUUUAAGCCUGAAGAAAAGAUUUGCUGGAGGAAAAGAAAGAACGAACUCAAGGAGAGUAAAAAGAAGCGUAAAAUGGCCAAACUCAUAAAAAAGUUGGAAAAGGAGCAACAACAAGAUUCUGCAGAGAACAGCAAACAGGAAGAAAGCCAAAACAACAAAGGUCGGGCUUACACAGUGAGUGUGGCGCUACCAGGGUCUGUCCUUGACAACGCUCAGUCCCCCGAACUCCGCACGUACUUGGCGGGACAGAUCGCCCGAGCUUGCGCCGUGUUUUGUGUGGAUGAAAUCAUCGUCUUUGAUGAGCAAGACGAGGAUGUAAAAAGUGUUGAAGGAGAUUUUAAAGGCGUCGGGAAAAAGGGGCAAGCUUGUAUUCAGCUCGCACGAAUUCUUCAGUAUGUUGAAUGUCCACAGUAUCUUCGCAAAUGGUUUUUCCCAGUCCAUAAAGAUUUACAAUACGCAGGUUUGUUAAAUCCUCUGGACAGUCCUCACCACAUGAGGAUAGACGAGGAGUCGGAAUAUCGCGAAGGUGUCGUUCUUAACAGACCGCCGAAACCAGGAAAAGGCUCAUUAGUCAAUUGUGGGAUGAGAAAAGAGGUUCGCAUUGAUAAGCAACUGCAGUCGGGAUUACGAGUCACAGUGAAGCUUAAUAAGACGCAGAAUCAAGAAAGUAAACUUUACAAAGGAGUUGUUGUGGCUCCACAUGUGCCGAGAACAGAAGCCGGUCUCUACUGGGGUUACACGGUCCGGCUUGCUUCUUGCCUCAGUGCAGUUUUCACUGAGGGUCCCCAUCAAGGAGGAUACGAUCUGACGGUUGGAACCUCGGAGAGAGGCAACACCGUGGAACAAACCACGCUGUCGCCAUUCAAGCAUCUGUUGGUGGUUUUUGGAGGUCUUCAUGGUUUGGAAGCGAGCGUUGAUGCAGACCAGAACCUGGAUGUGACUGACCCCAGUCUCUUAUUUGACCUUUAUCUCAACACGUGUCCCGGUCAGGGCAGCAGGACGAUCAGAACCGAGGAGGCCAUCCUGAUUUCUAUGGCAACGUUGCAGCCGAAGAUCGCAGCUGCUUUCUGAGAUAUUUUUCCAUCAACUGUGAAACAAAAUAGCUGUAAAUAAACAAUCAUUCCUCUCAAGUA